AAUAAGCUCAUCCUCACAAUCACAAUCACAAUCACAAUCACAUCAUCAUCAAUUUUAUUACUAUUACUAUUAUAUCUUCCGAGUCUGUGAACUGGCAAUCACCUGAUUCAUUUCAAUCACCCGUUUCAGCAACAACUGUCCCGUUUCCUCCCUUCCCUCUUAGAGGGAGGAAUAUUAUUAUAUAAUUAUCAUGACUAGAAAGAAAAUAGAGAUAAAGAAAAUCGAUAACAUAAGUUCGAGGCAAGUGACUUUCUCUAAGAGGAGGAAAGGGCUUUUCAAGAAAGCUCAAGAGCUUUCAACUCUUUGUGAUGCAGACAUUGCUCUUAUGGUUUUUUCUGCAACUGGUAAGCUCUUUGAGUAUGCUAGUACUUCAAGUAUAGAACAAGUAAUUGAAAGGCGUAAUGGAUAUUCAGCAAAUCAUAGAUUCAUGGACCACCCAUCUACUGAUCAGCUUCAGGUUGAGAGUGACUCCAAUUACAACACUUUGUGCAAGAAAUUAGAAGAUAAAUCUCGUGAAGUGAGGCAUUUGAAUGGAGAAGAUCUGCAAGAAUUGACAGUACAAGAACUCCAGAAACUAGAGGCUAUACUUCAAAGAAGUUUGUCCAGUGUUUCAAAAAUAAAGGAUGAAAUGUUUAUGCAAGACAUCAACACCCUUAAGAGAAAGGAAGUGAAACUGAUAGAAGAAAACCAAAGAUUGAAAUAUGUGGUACCAGACCUUAUAAGUGGACAUAUGCAACAAUCAUUGGAAUCUGUUAUUAGCGGAUCAUCAUCUUAUUUUGAUGACAGUGACACAUCUCUCAACUUGGGGUUACAAUUACUUAAAUAAAUAAAAUUUGAUUUAAAGGACUGUGAGAAGAAGAGAAUGAUUUCCCUUCCUUUCUAGGUCGUUGAUGAGCCAAUUACAUCAUGUACUGUUGCUUUCUGUUUGAAAACAAGCCAUGUAAAGUACUAAGUCUAGUUAAGGAAAAUAAGACCUUCCUUAGACAAAUAUUGUACUUCAAUACACAUUUGUUUUGUUUUCUUUUGGUAAAUUGAAGGAAAUAUAUGUCAAGGUAAUGUAUACUACAAUUAUAUGGUAUGUUUAUGGCUUUUUUUUAAAGGGUUCUG